CGGUGGGGGGAACCGAGUGGAGCUGCUGGUUUUCGGCUAUGCCUGCAAGCUGUUCCGGGAUGAUGAGCGGGCCCUGGCCCAGGAACAGGGACAGCACCUCAUCCCCUGGAUGGGGGACCACAAGAUCCUCAUCGACAGGUCGGUUCCUCCCCCCACCCGUCGGUCCUCCCCUUCCCUCGCCCGCUUGAUUUCGUCUGAUGUUGACUUGAUGGCCAGGACUAAAGAGGGUUUUGUGGAGCCAGCGGGGAUCCGGGGGACCCCCUCCUCUGUCCUUACAUCCCCCUGGUUUUAGAGGGAGGGGGACGGUGAAACCUGCCCUAAGGCACUGGCUGGAGUUGGCGUGCCGUGUCUGCCGCUGGAGGGAUCGUCUCAGCUCCUGCAGCCCCUCGCGACCCCUCACCCCUGUCACUGGUUCCAGUUGGCCACUCCACGCGGUGGAAGUUGCCGGUGCCUUGGCCUCCCCCGACCCGCGUUGCCUUGGGGUCGUGCGCUGCCUCCCUACGCGCGGCGCUCCCACAGCUCCGUGUGGUGGGAGGACACCCCGAAACGCCGCACACUGAGGCCGCGCGGUUAGAAAACUUCUCGGGCCCCCAGAGUGCGCCUCGAACCUCGUAAGCCCCCGGCGCCCUCCGUGGAGCGCCCGUAUUUUGCCGGCGUGACAUUUGACUCCGUCAGCCUCCCCCCUCCCCCACCCCGUGAUAAUCUGAACUGGUUUGGGUGAUUCAGACCAGAGGGUGAAGUUGCCAAUCAGUUGGAAGCCAGUUGACUUCGUGCAGACACUGGCUUUGCUCCUAGAGGUAGUGUUCUUAGGGCUGGUUUCACGGUCUCUUAAAACCGAAGGGCGGAACUGGGAUAUAGAUGUGUUUCUUUUCAAAUCAAACCUGCUUUAGGUAAUCUCCCCGGAGGGUGUUGAGCCACUUUGGGCAGAGGGGUACUGGGGUCGGGGACGUCUAAAGAUGUUUGAUUUGAAAAGGAUGGCAUUACAUGGUGUAGGCCGUUUGCUCCCCUCUCCCCCCCAUGUUUUCAGUCCCCCUUUCUUUCCUUCUCCUUCUUGGGGUUUUUGUUGGUUUGGUUUUUUUUGUUUUGUUUUGUUUUGUUUUGUUUUUUGCCGGUUUGGCAACUCUGCUUCUGGGGCCCGGACUGAAAAGCUAAGGAUGACCAGCCAUUUAACUGUGGAAUAGUCUCUCCGAGUGAAGGAAGCCCGUCGUUUGAUUAAAGCUGGAUUCUACAAAGCCCUGGAACGUGACUGUAGGGAUGACCUGUGCGCUGGCCAAAAAAUGGACACAUUAAUGACCAAAUAGGCCUUUUUCCACCCCUGACAUUUCCGUUUGGAGUUAGAUCUAGGCAACAGUGACUCUUGAAGGGAGGGCUGCCGGAUCGGUCCGGACGGGACGCCUCGCCCUCCUCAAACACGUUGUGCCUUUAAACCGUAGUUUCUAUUGAACGAGGUUGCCUGAGCUGUCAGGCGGCUUGCUUUUCCAAAGCGUUACUUGUGCUAUUUGUUAUGAAAAUUUGGUCAACGGUGAAGUCUGAGCUCUUUAGGCAGUUUUCCUUAUCGUUCUGUAUGUGACUGGAGUUAGGCCUUCCGUGAACGGGGAGCAAACGCCACACAUGUACAUGUGUAAUAGUUUCAAAUAAUGAUCUACAUUUGUAAGUUAAGGAGGUUUACAUCAAAGUAAAAAUAAUUUUGCAAUUUAAUAAAAUGCAAUAACUUGGCUACUCUGGAAUUUUGGCCUUUUUCUUAUAAAUGUCUUUUUUGUUCUGUUUUUUUAAGUACCUUUUGGUCCUCAUUACAAAAGUCAGCGUUAAAAAAUUAGGCAGACUUUUGUGUGUGCCUCUGUCUAUUUUUUUGCAACUCUAAAUCUGAGUGUUUCUGGCUCUCUUACCCUUUGAUGUUGCAUGUCGACAGCAGCUUCGUUGAAUUAUUAUGGUAAAAAUAUAGCAGAAAGUGCUCUUAUUCCUAAUUUGGCCAAAGUGCCUGUUGGUCCAUGCAAGUAAACACGGAUGUGUCUUCACGUACGUUGUUUCCUCGGGGAAUAAAGUUUAGAAGAGAAUAAGCCACACCUUCUCAUAGUUUUGCUCUGUUUCCGGUGAACCUCCUUAAACUGCAUGUAUAUGUCACUGUUCCUAUGUAUGUGUGUCUCUCUAUCACAUAACCCAGCACUUAUUUCCUCAGCCAAGUGGCUAGGGGGCGAGCCUAGCCAAGAUUUUACCUCCAAUGGACGCAAGUUUCUUUGGUGAAGAUCUCUCCUGAGAGUUCGGGACUAGCAGAAAGAAGCGAGGAAAUUUCGACCGUUGGGUUCUUACGGAUAGGUAUUUAUGUAUUCGGUUUGUGUGAAUGUAAGCUAUGAUAUUUGACUUUCCAGAAAAAUUUUUUUUUUUUUUUUUUUUUUUUUUUUUUUGGCAAAUGGCAUUGAAUGGUUGACCGAACCAUAAACGGUAAGCUCUGCCAGUGACGUGGAUACCCUUUAUGCUAUUAAAGGAUCGUUUACCUUAAUUGUAAGUUUUAUCAUAUUAUACCAAGGAAUUUAGACUUUGUUAAGAUAACUUGAGUUUAAAAGUAGGUGAGAUGUGAUUAGCCAAAUUAAAUAUAAACCCGAGAGGAUUUUUUAUGUUUGUUUCCAUAUUUUUAUCUCUCUGUUUUAAUCGGUAAGUAUACAUGUGUGAAACGUCGCACACACACCCAUCUCGACGUUACCUUCUUUCUGUUGACCAGCUUGUUCAUAUUACAGAUACGAUGGGCGCGGUCACCUGCAUGACCUUUCUGAGUACGAUGCUGAGUACUCCACGUGGAACCGUGACUACCAGCUCUCUGAAGAGGAGGCACGAAUAGAUGCCGUGUGUGAUGAGGAGAGAGGAAGAAUACAAGCGGUUGAGUGAGGCACUGGCUGAGGACGGGAGCUACAACGCAGUGGGGUUCACUUACGGCAGCGAUUACUACGACCCAUCGGAACCCACAGAGGAGGAGGAGCCUUCCAAACAGAGAGAAAAAAACGAGGCUGAAAACAUAGAGGAAAACGAGGAGCCCUUCGUCGCCCCCGUGGGGUUGAAUGUGCCGCCUGACGUGGAGCUGCCACCAACAGCCAAAAUGCAUGCUAUCAUCGAGCGCACAGCCAAUUUUGUGUGCAAACAGGGAGCACAAUUUGAGAUAAUGCUGAAAGCCAAGCAGGCCCGGAACUCUCAGUUUGACUUUCUACGCUUUGAUCACUACCUCAACCCCUACUACAAAUUCAUCCAGAAAGCCAUGAAAGAGGGGCGCUACACAGUGCUGGCAGAAAACAGAAACGAGGAGAAAAAGAAGUCGGGGGUCAGCUCUGACAACGACGAUGACGAUGACGAGGAAGACGGGAGUUACUUGCACCCGUCUCUCUUUGCUUCCAAGAAGUGUAACCGCCUGGAGGAGCUGAUGAAGCCCUUGAAGGUGGUGGACCCGGAUCACCCCCUUGCCGCGCUGGUCCGUAAAGCCCAGGCCGACGGUCCCGCCCCCGCGCCCCCCACGGCAGACGGCGCCGCGCAGCCCUCCCAGGUGGAGUACACCGCUGACUCGACAGUGGCCGCCAUGUAUUACAGCUACUACAUGCUGCCGGAUGGCACCUACUGCCUGGCUCCUCCCCCGCCGGGGGUCGACGUGGCCACCUACUACGGCGCCCUGCCCGCCGGCGUGGCCGUGCCCAGCUCCGCCGGAGUGACGGCCGCCGCCCCGCCGCCCCCCGGGACCACGCCCCCGCCCCCCCCAACCACAGCAGAGUCGAGCAGCGGGGUGACCUCCACCAUCACCACAAGUGCACUUGCUCCCGUGGCGGCCAUCAUCCCCCCGCCCCCCGACAUUCAGCCUGUGAUCGACAAGCUGGCGGAGUACGUGGCUCGGAACGGCCUUAAGUUCGAGACCAGCGUUCGUGCUAAGAAUGACCAAAGGUUUGAGUUCCUGCAGCCCUGGCACCAGUAUAACGCCUAUUACGAAUUCAAGAAGCAGUUCUUCCUCCAGAAGGAAGGGGGCGACAGUGCACAGGCUGUGUCAGCACCAGAAGAGGCCCCGGCAGAAUCUGCCCCUGAAAAGCCAAGUGACGCUGGGGAGGACGGUGUGUGCGAAGACUCGGCCGACACAGGAGGAAGAGGAGGCCCCGGGGGGAAGAAGGAGGCGUCGUCCAGUAAGACGGUCGCAGACGGGAAGCUGGUGAAAGCUUCAUUUGCUCCAAUAAGCUUUGCGAUCAAGGCCAAAGAAAAUGACCUCCUUCCCCUGGAAAAAAACCGUGUUAAGCUAGAUGAUGACAGUGAUGAUGAUGAAGAAGGCAAAGAAGGCCAAGAAAGUUGUAGCGGCACCGCAAACACGACCCCGGCAGUCGCCCCGCCCUGUGCGGUUGUUGAGGAGAAGCGGCCCCAGCUAACCCAGGAGGAGCUAGAGGCGAAGCAAGCAAAGCAAAAGCUGGAGGACCGACUGGCGGCCGCUGCCAGGGAGAAGCUGGCCCAGGCGUCCAAGGAAUCGAAGGAGAAGCAGCUUCAAGCAGAACGUAAAAGGAAGGCAGCUCUGUUUCUGCAAACCUUGAAAAAUCCCCUGCCGGAAGCGGAAGCCGGAAAAGUUGAGGACAAUCCUUUCAACGUGGAGGAAACCAGUACUGGGCCCUGUCCUCUACUGACUGGAGGCAGACCUCUGCCAACUUCAGACAUCAAACCCCCCGAAGGGCCCUCCAGCAAAAGUAAAGACCCCCCGAGAGAAGAAGAGAAAGAGAAGAAAAAGAAAAAGCACAAAAAGCGGUCUCGAACAAGAUCACGCUCCCCCAAGUACCACUCGUCAUCCAAAUCCAGGCCUCGGUCCCACUCGAAAGCCAAGCACUGUCUCCCCAGUGCCUACCGGACGGCGCGGCGCUCCAGGUCCCGGUCCCGGUCCCCUCGGAGAAGAGCGCACUCUCCUGAGAGACGGAGGGAAGAGAGGAGCGUCCCCACCGCCUACCGGAUGAGUAACAGUCCGGGCGUCAGCCGGAAGCGGACCCGGUCCAGGAGCCCCCACGAGAAGAAGAAGAAGAGGCACUCACGGUCACGGACCGAGUCCAAGGCCGGGUCCCAGUCGGCGUCCCCGAGCAAGCAGUCCGCACGCCGGCACACGGCCCACUCGGCCAGCAUCUCUCCCGUGGAGAGUCGGGGCUCCAGCCUGGAGCGCUCCAGGGGCGUUUCUCAGGAAAAAGACGGCCAGAUCUCCUCAGCAAUUGUUUCCUCCGUGCAGAGCAAAAUAACUCAGGACCUCAUGGCCAAAGUGAGGGCGAUGCUGGCGGCUUCGAAGAACAUGCAGACCAGCGCCUCCUGAGGCCCGGGCUGCGGAGAGCCAGCGAGCGCACAGACCCGUCCGCACGCCGUCCGUGCUCCCCCGGGACGCCCCGGGCCGUCGGCGGUUUUUGUAAAUUAAUUUUUGAUGACAUUUUCAGUUUAAGAUUUUUGACCAGCAGUCUCUUACCUGUAUAUUUGUAAAUAAUAUCAUGUUUCUGUGAAAAUGUAUUAUCAAAUAAAAUGGGAGGAAAACACCUUUUCUAGCUAG